AUGACAUUAGCAACAAUAAAUUCCGAAGCCGAGCAAAUUGAUAUUGGAAACUUAAUUGGUAGUUGGAUAUCAACUAAGAAAGUUUAUUGGUCUUCGGGAACUGAUCAAGCCAAAGAAGGAGAGUUUGUUUGGAUGAGCACAGGACAACCAAUUAGAUACAAGAAUUGGUAUUAUGGGGAACCCAAUAACCAUGGAUCCCAGCAUUGUCUUACUGUUUCAAACAUCAAUAGUCAUCAGUGGGAUGACGACCAGUGUUCAAACAAGUAUUUUUACAUUUGUGAGGAGAUAACUGAGUGUUCAAGGGAGAUUGUGUUUGACUUACUUAUAUCCUAA